UUGAGCUAUUGAAGCAGUGGACAAACAGAGACACCGUUGUGCACAGCGGCAGGGAACGCUCUGAAACCUUCCUAUCAMAAAAGUCUGUAGUCUGAGCGGUGAAAAACGGAGAUUAUGAAACCAGGGACCAAGGACAGCGACUCUAGAAUAGACAUUCUGAUGAAGCUUCACGCCCAAAACGUCUAUGAAUUUAAACGACACGCCGUUGAACAGGAGUUGCUGAAGCAAGAUCACUAUCGCUCCAUGUUUCAUAUCAACAAGGGGAUAAGAACUGUUGAGAUGACGUUAAGGGAUAUAAAAAUUAUUAGUGGGUAUUGUCACCAAACGGAAACUCUCAAGGAGAAACCAAAAGAAGGUUUUCCAAAUCUGAGCCUCAGAAAUAGUUUGAGAGAUUUCCGUAAAGGUAACCAAGAAGAAAUUAUUUCGAUUCUGAACUUGAAUGCUAAGUGUACCACCGCACGACCUCACAUCCGUCUGGACCACAAAGGAAAUGCAAAUGGUGACCAGAAAAUCGCAUCUUCUUCGGGGCGUCUUUUUCGUGCCACGGCAUUCAGCGCAGGAGUGAUAUGUGGUUUCCCUUCAGAAAGUGGAUUAAUCGAUGUAUCCAUCUCCCCUUUGUUGCCUUGUAACAAAAUCCGUUCAAAGUCAGUCAUUACAGUAAUCAACGGCCGUAGGACUGGGAUCAACGGAAAUGGACCGCUAUCUCAGUUCUCGGAGUCGCGCGGCUCAGCCUUUGGUACCAAGGACAGCAACGGCAUCCGCGUCACAACAGCCAUGUCCAAGACAGCCAUAAAGGAAGGCCUGAGAGAGCUGGUCCUGGAGUACAAUAGACAAAGGACUAUGAGUUAUAUUGAAAAACAAAAAGUAUUACGAGAAAAAGUGUCUGCUUUUAUUAAUGGACUCUAGCAGAAGAGGAUAAAUGYAUAGUUAGCAGAAUUUAUUAAUUAGCAGAAUUUAAUCAUUAUUUAUUAAUGGAUAGUUAGCAGAAUUUAUUAAUUAUUUAUUAAUGGAUAGUUAGCAGAAGAAGAACACGAGAGAAUCUUCAUGGAUAUAUUUUACGUAUGGGCUAGAUGGUGUCCAUAACCAUUUAGGUUAAGACAUGAACACCUGUGUUUUUAGCUUCACUAUAGCAGGCUAUUAUUUAACAAGAUAGGUGCAUUUCAUAUUUUAGAACAGACUAUAAAGUCGAAUUAUUCAAGCAAACAAGCACUGAAUGGCCAAGUGCGAACAAUAGAGCGUUCUGCGUAAUGACGCGCGUUCAUGUACGUGACAAUGCUCAGGAAUGUAUAAAUUCUGAAAAUGUUUAACAGCAAAGUUUGUACUUGGGGGGAAGGCGAGUGUCCGACCACAACAAUGUCGGGUAGCGACGAAGACCACACCGAUGGCGAGGAUAACGUUUUUCUCAACCUGGUCGCGCGUGUCAUCCGGAAACCCCUCUACCGGUUUCCAGGGCAGUGGGGUCACGAGACCUACGAGCCGCGGAUCUACAGAAGUCUGGGUACCAUCCUACGGAACGCGACCUCGGAAGAAUUCGAUGCCUUUAUAAUGGACUUUAUUCAUUUUGCGCGAACGGCUCAGGCGCGCCUGGACAUGCAGUUCUACAUGGAGUUCAUUAACGUGUGCACAAAUACCAUCCUUCACUGGGUGUUUGCGCGCAGGUGCAGCGCCGACAUAGUCCGGAAGCUGAUGGAGAGGACGUCGGUGUUUCUGCAGGACCAGACUAACAACCUGGCCAUAGCAUGGAGGUGUUUCACACCCAUCUACAGCCCCAGCCCCGUGGGCGGGGUAACCCCACUGAUGUUCGUGGCCCAGAACAGGCAGUAUGACGUGCUGAAGGUGUUGCUGCAGUAUGGGAUGCUAGAGAAGGAGAGGAGACCCACCUACAUCAUCAUCUCUGUCCUGUUUAACCCCCCGAGACUGGAGGCGCUGGAUGAACGCUGUCACGCCACCGUCACCAGGGAACUCAGGGACUGUAUGGCUCUGUGCUUCAGGGUGCUGAGCCAUGUAUCCAUGUCUGAAAUAGAGAUGCAGAUUGGGUACGGUCGUAAGCCCUUGAUUGAAGACUGGAGAGACCACAUCCCCCCGAGUCGCUACAAGGACCCCUGUGAACUGACCCACCUCUGCCGUAUGGUGGUUCGGACCUCUCUGCUGGCCAGGGGCCGCUUACCGGACGGCAUCAAGUCGCUACCACUCCCUACACUCCUCCAAGGCUAUCUCAACCUGGAGAGCUGACCUGGCUAUGGGGCCUGGAGUUUUACCUGGUCUUGGUGAGGUCAUGUGGUCUGGAAAAACUCCUGGCUUUGCUAUUAAAACAACCAGGAGGAUGGAGUUUGUCUUUUAUUAAAGUGGCUGCAA